UUAUUUGCUUAUGUAAUUCAUUGUACGUGGGUUGGAUGUUUUCAUCUCUCUCUGAGGUUAAUUGCCCUGUGACUAGCUUUGUGAAUGGAGCAGCCAGCCAACACACUGCCUCCUCCUCCUCCUCCUCCUCCUCCUCCUUCAGGAGCAGCAGUGCCAAAUUGGAGCGCAAGAUGCCCAGGUGCCAGCAUAAUAAAAAAAAAAAAAAUGGGAUGAGAUAUCAGAUCAGCCAAGCACAGAAAAAGACUCAACUAUCUCUGAUUACCAACCUGCAAGCUUUUACAGCUCCAUCCCGACGCUCGCUCUGUGUCACCAUGAAUACAGGAAGACUCAAGGUUGGGUGCCAAUCCCUCACCUCGCUCGCCGUGCGCCCUCCCUGCCUACCUCCCUCCUCCUCCUCCUCCUCCUUCUCCUUCCUCCCUCUGUGUAAUACAAACCUCGUGAUCGCCCAUUCAGCGGUGCCUGCGUCUGCUGCUUUGGGGGCGAAAUAAUAAGACGACUCACCGAGGGGCAGGCAAGCCAAAAAAAAAAAAAAAAAAAAAAAGUAUCUAGGAGGCAGACAGGUGUCGCGGAAGUUUACACUUGCAGAGGCGCAUCCCUCCGCGUCUUUUUUUUUUCUGUGGUCAGUAUCUGGGAUAACGUGAAAGAGACUGUAACUGGCGGUCAUCGGGCACCCACUGAUCCUGUGGUUGUCCCAGCCUCGCCCGCCAGAGCAGCAUUGCCCGUGCCUCUCCUCAUCCUCCCCUUCUGGACCAGCAGCUCAGCGUGGCAAGGCUAGGAACAAUGGGCCGGAAGCUUGACCUGUCGGGCCUGACAGACGACGAGGCGGAGCACGUCUUGAAAGUGGUUCAGCGGGACAUGAAGCUGCGAAAGAAGGAGGAGGAGAGGCUGAGUGAGAUGAAGCAGGAGCUGGCGGAGGAAGGCAGCAGAUGCUCCAUCCUCUCCAAGCAGCACCGCUUCAACGAGCACUGCUGUAUCCGCUGCUGUGCGCCCUUCACCUUCCUGCUCAACCCCAAGCGCCUGUGCCUGGACUGCCAGUAUAACGUCUGCAAGACCUGCUGCACCUACAGCAAGAGGGACAAAGCUUGGCUCUGCUCUGCAUGCCAGAAGGGCAGGAUUUUAAGGACACAGUCACUUGAAUGGUAUUAUAACAAUGUGAAGAGUCGCUUCAAGAGGUUCGGCAGCGCAAAGGUUUUGAAGACUCUGUACAGAAAGCACAUCAUAGAGAGAGGCGCGUUCUCUGAUCUCCCAGAAAGCAGCGUUCACGAGGGAAGCACCGGCAACGACAAUGAUGGCAGUGUCUGUGGCAGUGACUCCGCCUUCUACAAACAGAGUGAAGGACACAGUAUGGCAGAGACGCUCACAGUCGCCCUGCGUGUUGCUGAGGAGGCUAUAGAGGAGGCCAUCGCUAAGGCAGAGGAGUUCAGUGACAGCUUGGAGAAGCAGAAUGAGGCUCGAUAUCUGCGGGACCACAAAGAGGAGCUCAUAGAGGAACUUGCCACAACCAUUGUACAAAAAAUCAUACAGAGGAGGAAGCGUUCAGAGAUGCAAACAGAGUAUGACUUUGUCUGGCCUCAGACUCAGUCACUGAUCCAGACCAGUGAACUCCCAUCUCCGUCUCAGCCUCAAGCAUCCUCACAAGGACCACAGGACCCCCUCAAGACCUCCUACUCCCUCUGGCGCUCGCGUUCAGCGUUCUCCCUCACCAGUGACGACUCGCCAGAGAAGGGUCCAGAGGAGGAGGCCGCCGGGGCGGGCAGUGGCUUACAAGAGUACUCUUCUCUGAAGAGAGAGGCCAAGGCCACGUCUCUACCCAGCUGGAAGAGUGUCGACCGCCUGGACAACUCCAGUGCAUCCUCAGUGCUCCAGAGCCCAGACGGUAACUGGAUCGCCCUGCACAGCUCACAGCUGUCUCGACCCAGCCUGCUAACCAAGAGGAAGAGCCUAGUGUUCAGCGUGUUGGAAAAAGAGUCCGGCGUCGUCUCAGCUUACGACGAGAUGGGAUCCGACUCUGAGGAGAACGAUGAAGGCGGAUGGGGUGCAGCGCUGCGACAGUUCCGCCGCAAACUGUCCGAUGAGACUUACUACACGGACUCGCAGCACGACCCAGAAUGGACGUACACCCAGCACCUUCCCAUUACAUCACCGUCCUCUGGCCAGUACACCAACACAGAGACUCUCAACUCAGACUCAGAGGCCUCAUCUGUGCUGUCUGCAUGCCCUCGCAAAUCGCCUCACAACCUGCUGAGGAAGAAAGGACCGUCUGACACACACCUGCACCCUCAUCACCAGCCUCUCUACCACCAAUACCCUCACCAGAACCUCUCUCCGUAUCCACUCCACUCAGAGGCACUAGAUGUGAACUUUAACCCCAAGGUGAUGGGUGACAGCAGCGAGGCUGAGGAGAGGCAGAGUGACCCGGUCAGAAGAUCAAGGCGACGCAGGAAAAGCAAGAGAGAAUCGUCCACAGAGCAGAGCAGGCCUGGAGGCCAGAGCCACACACAGUCCAUCUACCCUUUAGUGCAGGAGAACAGUGGUUUUCUACUCAAUGCCCUGCUGAAGAGGGGUUUAAGUGAGGAACAGCCAGUACCUGACACUAUGCCAGUGGCCACAGCUGCACCAGACGCCUUCAAAUUAGAUGCCAUGACACCCGAGCCAAGGGACUUGGACACAGUGGCCCCAAAUUCAGCAGCCCCCAGCCCUCCACAGCCCCACACUCUGGCUCUAGGGUCUCAGCAGCACUCGCCCAGUAGCUCAGGGCCUGGAGACCCUCUGGAAGAGGAGCUACGAUCCAGACUCAGCCAGCUGGUCAGCCGCGCCAACAGCAAAGACAGCAGCUCAUCUGAAGAGGAGUGUACAAAGCGGCCCGUGGACAAACAGACGGAUAAAGAAAGUGACAGACAGAGAGAGAUGACGAGGUUGAAAGACACGGAAAGAGAAAGGCAGAGGGCAAGCGACAGAUUAAGGGACAGGACCAGCAGUAAGGAAAGAGAUACACCAAGUGAAACAGUGGAACAAGUGAAUGGACAAGAGAUGGGAAGAGGUGAGAGACUAAUAAAGAGUCUGCCGGUGAGAGAGGAGGGAAGAGUUAGGGAGAGGAGGUUGGAGAAAGGAGUGGCAAGUUUGGAAGAGCAGGUAGAUGACCAGGAGCAAAAGAGAAGCGAUAAAAGAGAGCCCAACAGACAAAGUAAGAGACAACAUAAAAGAGAUGCAGAGAAGGAAGCAGAGCAGAAAGGAGGAGUAAGGAGAAGUGGAUCUAGUGCAACUUCACCUGCUGUUACACCAUUUUCCCAGGAGGGGGCGCUAUCAGGCAGCCAGCAGAAGUACUCUGCGGCCUCUCUCUGCAGCAUCACCACAGAGGUGUUGAAGGUUUUGAACGCUACAGAGGAGCUGAUCGGUGAGGCAGGAGGUGAGAGCUACACCCCGUCUGAGUCCAUGAGUGCUUCUCCAAUCUCCAGCUGCUCUGAGACCCGCAAGCUGGACCAGAGGCUGACCAAGAUGGAGGAAAACGUGUACCUGACUGCUGGAGCUGUGUAUGGGCUUGAGGGGGCACUGGGUGACCUGGAGCAGUGUGCCCGCAAUAUUAGCAGUGGCACAACAGACACAGAGCUGGCCUUCCUGGAGGACCAGGUGGCCACUGCAGCAGCUCAGGUUCAGCAGUCUGAACUGCAGGUAUCAAACAUUGAGGCCAGGAUAUCAGCUCUGAAAACAGCUGGGUUGAAUGUGGCUGUCUGUAAUCGCUUCUCCAAGUUCAAGCCAAAAUCCAAGCCUCAAACCCUGGACUCAUCACGCCAUCAAAGGAGGAAGCUUCCAGCCCCUCCACUGAAAGAAAAGUUGGAGCCAGAGCAGCAGGUGAAAAUGUUUCGCCCAUAGUGACAGUCAGCAGCACAACGAGUCCCUCAGGGCCGCUUCAGAGCUCCAGGGACGGGGGGCCCCUCUCAUCCAGUGCCUUGACCCAGUGUUCGCCGCCAGCUCCAGGCAAAGCAGGGGCCAACACCUGCCCUGUGUGACCCACGAAACACUCAGCCCUCAACCAGGCACGGUACCAUGUCAGUCAAACUCCUCACAGAAGACAUGACUGGCCCUUUCCACUUUAUCCUCCAUUUCCUCCCAUCACCGCACAGGUAACAUCAAACAAGGAUGACUCAACAGUCGGUGUCUCUGCCUUAAAAAUCUGCAAACACUCCUCAUGACCCAACUGAAAAAGAAUAUCUGUACAGACAAAAAUGACUCCCAUUUCAUUUUUCUAUCUGUUUGCAAGAGUAUUGUGAUUUACUGUAUGAUGAAGACGUGGAAAAAUCAUGUGAAACUUUCUGUGAUUCAGUGUCCCAAAAAGAGGCUGAGCCGUGUUUUAUACCGCGUCUCCUUCCUCACCAAAUGUCAUGAGGAAUCUAACCACCCCUCCAAAGCUUUUUUUUGAAUGAUUGUCUUUUUCACACGCACUGCUAUCAGAUGGUAAUCCUCAUUUGGGGAAUGAUUGUAACACCUUUGACAUUUUAACCAUUUUAAAAUUGUAUGCACUAACCAGAAAAUAGUGUUUAAAAAUUAGCAAAUUAUCAGGACCAAAACAUUUUUGUCCUUCCUUCCUGCCACUAAAAUUGUUAGAUGGCACACAAAGCACACUUGAAAAAAUCUGCCAUUCUUUGUAAACAGCAUCCAGAAGACUAGUUUAAACAAUAGUUUGAUAUAUGUGGAAACAUUGACUCUUUUGCUAAGAGUUACAUAUGAAGACUGAUACCACUCUCAUGUCUGUCCAGCAAAUAUGUAGUUUGUUG